GCACCGUAGUUUCGCGGACGAGGGUUGACCGGGGGCGGUUCCGUGCGCUCGCUUCCACGCCCAUCAGCCCCAGCUUGCAGCAACAGUGGGCGAGGCUGGGCGGGGACUCGGUGGAGGCGUGCGACCCACCUCCCUCGCGUUCUCUUCUGGCGUCACUUGCGGCUGCCCCUUGUCAUGCCCGGCUUGCUGCAGGGUUUGCUGGCUCAGUGCAGUGGGUACGCGCUCCUCGUCCGCCCGCCGGUCCCGGAAGUGGGCUAGCGUCCUGCAGUUCUGCUUCAGGGUCGCGAUUGUCGCCACGCUGGUGGCCACUGCCUCCCCUCUCACCGCCUCGGCCCUAGGCGCCGAGGUUUCAGCAGGCCCCGAGUCAAUGACAAGCCAGGGCCAGUCGGCUCCCGGGUCGUCGGCGUGGAGCGCGGUAUUCCGCCACGUCCGGUACGAGAACCUCGUGGCGGGUGUGAGCGGCGGCGUCCUGUCCAACUUCGCGCUGCACCCGCUGGACCUAGUAAAGAUACGCUUUGCAGUGAGUGAUGGAUUGGAACUGAGACCAAAAUACAAAGGAAUUCUGCAUUGCUUGAGUACCAUUUGGAAACUUGAUGGACUACGGGGACUUUACCAAGGAGUAACCCCAAAUGUGUGGGGUGCAGGUUUAUCCUGGGGACUCUACUUUUUCUUUUACAAUGCCAUCAAAUCAUAUAAGACAGAAGGAAGAGCCGAACGGUUAGAGGCAACAGAAUACCUUGUCUCAGCGGCCCAAGCUGGAGCCAUGACGCUCUGCAUCACAAACCCAUUCUGGGUGGCAAAAACCCGCCUUAUGUUGCAGUAUGAAGGUGUUGUUAAUGCCCCACAACGGCAGUAUAAAGGGAUGUUUGGUACCCUUUGGAAAAUAUAUAAGUGUGAAGGUGUGCGUGGAUUGUAUAAGGGGUUUGUUCCUGGGCUGUUUGGAACAUCACAUGGUGCCCUUCAGUUUAUGGCAUAUGAGUUGUUGAAGUUGAAAUACAACCAGCAUAUCAACAGAUCACCAGAAGCCCAGUUGAGCACAGUAGAAUACAUAUCUGUUGCAGCACUAUCCAAAAUUUUUGCUGUAGCAGCAACGUACCCAUACCAAGUUGUGAGAGCUCGUCUUCAGGACCAGCAUAUGUCUUACGAGGGUGUAUUGGAUGUAAUCGCGAGGACGUGGAGGAAAGAAGGCAUUGGUGGAUUUUACAAAGGAAUUGCUCCCAAUUUGAUUAGAGUGACUCCAGCCUGCUGUAUUACCUUCGUGGUAUAUGAAAAUGUGUCACAUUUUUUACUUAACCUUAGGGAAGAGAAAAAGUAAGCCAAAAGAAGAUAAGUCCAGCACAGCCGCCCAAGGCACCACAUGCUCCUUUGUGUUUGAAACGUAAAACUCAGAAGAAUACUACACGGCAACAUGGCUCAUAAUCAAAAUUGGUCUAUGAUCAUUAGAAGUCAGAAAACUGCUAAUUCUCACAAUGUCUGUCUGUUUUUUGCCUUCCCCAUGUAACUGGGACUUGGCUACCUCUGCCUGAACUGGCUGCCAUCACCACCACAGCAAAACUGACACCACGUGGAGAAUUUCAUACAUUUCUCCAUUUCGUUGUUCAAGUGGAAGCUAAUUUUCAGCAUUCGCUAAGUGGAUUAGAUAAAGUGCUUCUUUUUCUGAAUUCAUUUGCCUGGAUUAGCUUUAAAAUUGACUUCUGUGCAAUAGCAAGAAAAUGAUUUCUUAUAAGAAUGUCAUCAGUGUUUCAUGGGUAAAUUGAACUUUUAAGGAUUUGCUGGAAAAGAUGUUGCCCAGAUCCAGACCAUUUUAGAAUUGGGAAAUUUUGGUGAGACAAAUUUUGUUUCAAUUCAGUUGGAACAUACUAAAGAAACUGAGAAGUUAGGUAUUCCUGUGAACUUGAGAAAUAUCUGACAUCUGUUGCAAUUCCACCACUGAUUUUAUUUCCAGAGGUUCUUCCAUAAUUUAAAAUGUAAUACUGGAUCCCAUUAUGUUAUGGCAUGGGUACCUAGUGCCUUUUAAAUUUAUAAAGUCUGAACUAGAAUCCAGCUGUGUCAGCCCUUAUUUAGCACAUUUGUCGAUAAGUCAUACACUGGAGUUGCAAAUAGGUCACCUUAUGCAGAUACCGGAAUGACUGAGGGUUGACAAACAGCAUGGAGCUGAGAAACUUUAAUUUCAUACUUCAGUUUUCAGAUAUAUGGGUCCAGAUCCCAAACAAAUGACUAAUCUACUUUGGUUAUUCAAAUUCAGGUUCUAAUACAAAUUUCAUUAAUGGCCAUUAUUGGUUUUACUCUCAUGAGUCAUUGUAAAUAUGAAGUUCUGCCCCAAAGGGAUGCCAGAAUAAUGCUAAUAUUUUUAUUUAUCAUAAAAGUCUAUCACUGCUAUUGCACUACCAUCUAUUGGUUGUAAAUAAAACAUCGUGGUUUUUCAAAGCCAUAUUUAAAUGGUUCUUUGAAAAUAGGUAUAGGUUUUAUAUUUUGCAAAUGGCAUUGUUUUAAAAAUAAAGGUGAAAUGAUAAGUACCUAAUUAUACUUACUAUAGUUUCUUGUAACAUGUGCAGGAAUACUUUAUGAAUUACAUGUGAUGUAUUUUUUCAUACUUCUGAAUUAUACUAUAAUUCAUAUGAAAUGCUGAUUAUCGUCACUAUAUGUAGUUACUAUCUCGAAUUUUAGAAUUAGUGUCAUUAUUUGAAUGCCUUCUAUGUACCCCAAAUUCAUAAAACAUAGUUUCUAUCCUUUAAGAGCAUACAAGCUUACAGAAUAAACAAGUAAACAUAAUAACUAUAGUUCACAAAGAUUUCUACAAAGGUCUGUAAGAGUUCUGAGAAAAGAACUCAUUUCACUUCUCCAACAAAUAGUAGCUGAGCUCCUGUCCUUUGCCGGGUGUGUUACCAAGCAUGGAGAGGAUGGCAGUAAAGAAGCCAGACAACAUUCCUGCCCUCAAGGAACUUUCAUUUUAUUGUGAGUGACAGAAAACAUACAAUAUAAGCAUAAUAUGAUUCCAGGCAUUAA